CAUUUGACCUUGAAAUUUCUCUACAAAUGGUUGCAUUUUGUGACCUCUCCUCUCUGAAUUGUGCUGGAAUUGGACUAUUCCAUUUGAGUCCCCUAGCGGAGGAAAAUGGGCCUACAGCGAGAAAUUGAAAAUAAGGAUGAGCGCCAUGUCUGAUCCUCCGCUUGUGGAAUAGAGCUGACGGCAGAGCGAAUAUUUCCCGGGCCGGGGGUUCCCGUCCGCGGGUUCGGUGUGAAUCAUGGCCGACAGCGCUGGGAUUCAGCAAGGUUCGCCGGCCAUCGGGGCGGCGGGCUUGGUUCCGGCCGCUCCCGGAGCCGGGGGGACGGAGGGCUCCGGCGCCGCUGGAGGAUCCGCACGUAUCGCCGUGAAGAAGGCGCAACUCCGCUCCUCGCCGCGGCCAAAGAAACUGGAAAAACUCGGAGUGUAUUCGUCCUGCAAAGCUGAAGGAGCCUGCAAGUGCAAUGGCUGGAAAAGUCAGAACCCACCUCCUACACCUCCACGGACUGACCAGCAGUCCAACACCGUCAACCUGCAGGAGCCCUGCCGCAGCUGCUCCCACACCCUGGGUGAUCAUGUGACCCAUCUAGAAAACGUUUCCGAGGAGGAGAUGAACAGGCUUCUUGGUAUUGUCCUGGAUGUGGAGUAUCUCUACACUUGUGUACAUAAAGAAGAGGACGCCGACACCAAACAGGUCUACUUCUCCCUCUUCAAACUGUUGAGGAAAUCCAUCCUGCAGAUGGGCAAGCCGACGCUGGAGGCGCAGGAGAGUCCUCCGUUUGAAAAGCCCAGCAUCGAGCAGGGGGUGAACAACUUUGUACAGUACAAAUUCAGCCACCUGCCAUCGAAGGAGCGUCAGACCAUAAUGGAGCUGGCCAAGAUGUUCCUCAACCAGAUCAACUACUGGCAGCUGGAGACGCCCUCCCAGAGGCGCCAGAGGGUUCCCAACGACGACGCAGCUGGAUACAAGGCCAACUACACCAGAUGGCUCUGCUACUGCAAUGUGCCUCAGUUCUGCGACAGCCUGCCCCGGUACGAGACCACCCAGAUAUUCGGCCGGACGUUGCUGCGCUCGGUGUUCACCGUGAUGAGGAAGCAGCUGCUGGAGCAGGCCAGGCAGGAGAAGGACAAGCUGCCGCCUGAGAAGCGCACGCUCAUCCUCACACACUUUCCCAAGUUCUUGUCUAUGCUGGAGGAGGAAGUAUACAGCCAUAGUUCCCCAAUCUGGAGUCAAGACUUCUUGGCAGGAGUGUCAGGAGGGCAGAUUCCUAUCCACACAGUUAUCAGUGCACCCCCUGUGGCCAGGCCGCUGUACUACAGCACCAGCCCCGUGUCUGUCGACCCAUCCACCUGUGGGAGUGUCAGCCCCGCCCGGAAAACAGCUUCUGUCCUUGAGCCGAACCCAGUCGGAGAAAAGCGCAAACCGUCGGAGCCUCUCCCCCAUGAGGAAAACAAGAGACCCAAGGUGGUGGGUGACAUCCCCAUGGACCUCAUCAAUGAAGUCAUGUCGACCAUCGCGGAUCCCGCUGCCAUUCCAGAGACCAGCCUGCUGUCAGCUCACUCCGCACGUGACGAGGCCGCCCGUCUCGAGGAGCGCAGGGGGGUGAUCGAAUUCCACGUCAUCGGUAACUCCUUGAACCAGAAGCCCAACAAGAGGAUCCUGAUGUGGCUCGUCGGCCUCCAGAACGUGUUCUCUCACCAGCUGCCCCGCAUGCCCAAGGAGUACAUCACGCGGCUGGUCUUUGACCCGAAGCACAAGACGCUGUCGCUGAUCAAAGACGGCCGUGUGAUCGGAGGGAUCUGCUUUCGGAUGUUUCCCUCGCAGGGCUUCACGGAGAUUGUGUUUUGUGCCGUCACUUCCAACGAACAGGUCAAGGGUUAUGGGACCCAUUUAAUGAACCACCUGAAGGAAUACCACAUAAAGCACGAAAUCCUCAACUUCCUCACCUAUGCUGACGAGUACGCCAUUGGCUACUUCAAGAAACAGGGUUUUUCAAAGGACAUCAAGGUACCCAAGGCCAAAUACGUGGGCUACAUCAAGGACUACGAGGGAGCCACACUAAUGGGCUGCGAGCUCAACCCCAGCAUUCCCUACACCGAGUUCUCUGUCAUUAUCAAGAAGCAGAAGGAGAUCAUCAAGAAGCUGAUCGAGAGGAAGCAAGCUCAGAUCAGAAAAGUGUACCCAGGGCUUUCCUGUUUUAAGGAAGGAGUUCGGCAGAUUCCCAUUGAGAGCAUUCCUGGCAUACGUGAAACUGGCUGGAAGCCUGUGGGCAAAGGGAAGGAACUGAAGGAUCCGGAUCAACUGUACAGCACUCUGAAGACCAUCCUCCAACACGUGAAGAGUCACCAGAACGCCUGGCCGUUCAUGGAGCCAGUGAAGAAAACCGAGGCGCCUGGGUACUACCAAGUGAUCCGCUUCCCCAUGGACCUUAAGACGAUGAGCGAGCGCCUGAAGAGCAGGUACUACACGACGCGCAAGCUGUUCAUGGCCGACAUGCAGCGCAUCUUCACCAACUGCCGCGAGUACAACCCUCCGGAGAGCGAGUACUACAAGUGCGCCAACUUACUGGAGAAGUUCUUCUACACCAAGAUCAAAGAGGCGGGCCUCAUCGAGAAGUAGCCGAGAGGAAGAGUUUUUGUUUUGUUUUGUGUUUUUUUCUCCCCUCACCUUAGCGAAGGAUGUCGUCAGACUAGGCGUUGGUGAAGGUGUUACGCUAAAGACAGCUACACUGAGAAAUAGGGACUACUGAUUCUGGAGCGGAUAGGUUUCAGAAAACACAUAUCUUAAUUGUAAGAGGUGAGAAUCCGCGCUCGUUUAAUGCUGGAUGCACACACUGGCCCAGAUCCUGAAUCAGUAGCUCCGACUGAUAUUUACACUGAAAGACGGGCCACUGGGGGGGGGACGGCCAAGCUGAAGGCCUGCAGAGACACUGCCGCUGACGUUACGCGGAGGAAACGUUGUGUCAUCGUAUUUCAGCACAUAUCCCAGAGUCCCACGGAAGAACAGGACAGCGGGGGGGUGUCAGAGUUGGACACAUAUUAGACAGGGCAGGACGCCUCCGUUGUCACUCCCGUGUUCGACGCUGAAAGGCGACACAGGACGACAGCUGAUUGGAGAUUUCACCACGCACACCUUAUUGCUUUGUCUCUCUCCAUCUCUUCUCCUCUUUCUCAUCCCACUUUUUACCCAACCCCUUCCCCCGCCCUUCUCUCCAGCCGCCUGCCUCAUCCUCUCAGUAGUCUCAGGUGGAGCUGUCAUCUUACAGUUGAGUCAUUCGACAAGUGUUAGGAGCGCGACCGAGAGUUCAGCUCUGUUCCUGCGAGCGGCAUCAGUGAGGUCGUCGUUCGUCCGUGAUGAGUUCUGAUCCUGCCAAAAGAGGAAUACGUACUUUAAAUUUGUACAGAUUUGAAUUAUUUUAAAGCACUUAUACCCACUGUAUAUUUUAAAUAUGUAUAUAACAUAUAUUUUCAUUUUCAGAACUAAAAAAAAAAAAGUAAUCCUCUUUUCCCAAUAAGCCACGUAGGGCAGUUUGACUAUCAAAAUGCACUUUUAUUUUUCCAAGUAUUAGUUAACAUGAAUAAGAGCGUCUUCUUUUGUUUGACAUAUAAAUUACCGCUGUUGACUAAGGACUAAUUCAGUUAUCUAGAGUUUAUUCUUAUUUAUGUGCUGUAAUUUAAAUGAAUUAUGCUAAAGACAAGGUCUUAAUUUAUUCGUUUUUUUUUUCUUAUUUUUGUCCUUCAGAUGGAGAUUGAUAACUUUAUACUUUGGAGAUAAAUGAAAAAGAUUGUGCAAUACUAUGUAGUUUUGCUGUUUUGUAAAAAGGUGUUUGUACUUUUCAAACUUUAGGAAACAAAUUACAUUUUGUAAAAUGUCUGGAAAAAUGAUUUCAUGCUCUUUGUACAAUUGGUUUUAACGACAUAGUAUUAGCCUAUUUUAUAGACUGAAUAAAAGAGAAGCGAGGCUAA